AUGGCUGCACAACAACAAGAACUAGAUGAGAAGAACCCAUUCUAUGAGUUAGUUGUCAUUUGUAGUACUUCUGGUCAAUUUGACCAAACCGUCAAUUCGUUCAAAGAUAUUAUAAAGAAGUCUAAGUUAGUAUGUAUAAAGGAUACUGAGUUGUUAGAUUGGAUAAAGAAGUACCAAAGAAGAGUUUUGAAGUAUAAUGCUAUAAAUGAGUAUAUAAAUUCGAAGUUUAAAGACCCAAAUGAGGAAAUGCAGAGAAUAUUAGAGAAGAAACACUUCAGAAACAAACAGAAAGAGAUAGAAUACAUUUCGAAGAAAUUGCAAUCUUACGAUUGGAAGACAUACCCUCAUAGAUGUCUUCUUAUCUUAGAUGAUUUCGCCUCUCAUCCUUUGUUAAAGAAUAGAGAACAAGAUAUGUGUCGAAUUCUUAAGAAGCUCAGACACUUUAACAUUUCAGUUGUCAUUUGUGUACAGACAGCAAAGAGUUUAAGUAAGGAUGUUAAAAGAAUACUUACUGAUAUCAUACUUUUCCCUGGAUUGUCCGAAGACGAUUUCAUGGAACUUAUGAAAGAGUCCAUGGCAGGUAAGUUUGACAGACAUGAACUAUGGGAGAAGUACAAAGUCAUACAAGACCCUCAUACUUCUUUCAGAAUUCAUAUCUACGCAAACAAAGUUCAAAUUGUAAAAAGUCAAGCGUAA